CUCAUAAUGGUGCUCCACCUAGAACUUUGGUUCUUCUUUCAUUUCCUCCCCCUCUUGAACAACAGUGCAUCACACACGACUCCACACCCUCAGAAGAGCAGGCUUCGGGCAAGUACACUGCUUUACAAACUCGUGUCAGUUGAGGAUGGCACAUUCAACUGUAAGCGUCCAGCCAGCCGUGGUGUUGAGCUCUAACAUGGCCACCCAGUGGAGCAGCGGAGUGUGUGACUGCUGUGAGGACAUGGGCAUCUGUUGCUGUGGUUUAUGGUGCCCCUUCUGCCUCAUGUGUAAGACCAGUGAGGAAUUUGGAGAGUGUCUCUGUCUCCCCCUGCUGGAGAUGUGCUUUGGCGGCUUGUUGCAUCCUAUUACACUCUCCAUGAGGAGCAGCAUGAGAGAGAGAUUUCACAUUAAGGGCUCGAUACAGGAUGACUGCUGUACGGUGUUCUGCUGCCAUGUGUGUGUCUGGUGUCAGAUGGCGAGAGAGCUGAAGGCUCGACGUCAGUCCCACGUGAUCAUCAACACUGCCAUUAACACGGUUCACCAUCAGCCCCAAGCUUACAACCAGCCAACUCAAGCCAUCAAUACGUCCUACCAGCCUCUCCAACAAGUCAAUCCUGCCUACUGAUGACCUUGGUGCAUAAGAAGAGCACACCUGCCUGCAUUUAACCUCAAGCUUCCCGAAGAGCGAAUUCUGCUGUUUUUUUUAAACUACAUAGUAUAAUCGCUCCAGAUGUCAUUUCAAUAUUUAUAUCUAGCCUACCUGUUUAAAGAUGCCAAUAUUUUUACUAAUCAAAUUUUAUAAAUUCUAUAGCACUUUUCUCUACAGACAAAUUGCCAAAUGAACAUACGUAAAGCAUACAUAGAAAGCAAAGAUUGGGUGUACACAUGUUUAAGUAAAUGAAUGAUAUAUAUCCUCA